GCUGAAGUUUAGGCACUUGGACUUGACAAAGUUCAUCAGUGCACAAGGGCAGAGAUUACCAGAGCUGUGGACAGCACAGAGUACAGCAGGAAUCAGGAGAACAUGGCGUCCACAGAUGAACUUCUACCAGACCCAAGGUUCCCACCAGGUUUUCUUCAGCUCCUGAUUAAAAAUUUCAGCAUUCCAAGGGCCUGUGUAUCCAUAGCUCCAUCUUCCUCAAAGCUUCCAUAUUUGCUGGACACAUUGCAACUCAGCAUUUUGGGGAUUCUCACAGUCCUCGCCAUAUUAUCAAUUAUUAUUUAUUUGGAAGAUGCGUUCUACUUGAAGAAGAAGGUGCGAUGUCCAGUCAAAAGGCAAACCCUCUUAUGGAACAGUGGGGCUCCCACGGUGGUCGCCAUCUUUGCCUGCUUUGGUCUGUGGAUUCCACGCUCUGCCUUGUUUAUAGAUAUUGGUAUUGGCACGUAUUUUGCAACCUGUUUCUAUUUCACAAUAAUGGUCAUUAUUGAAGGAUAUGGAGGAAAAGAUGCAUUGAUCAAGAGAAUGGAAAAUUCCCCUAUGCACAUCAAUACAGGCCCAUGCUGCUGCUGUUGCCCAUGUCUGCCUCUCAUGAAACUUACCAAGAGGAAGUUGAAUCUUUUAAUUUUGGGUGCUUUCCAGAUGGCAUUCCUGAAACCAGUCUUCAAUAUCAUUGGUGUAAUCCUCUCGGCUGAUGGAGCUUUCAAUCCAGAUGAUAUGUCUGUUGGAAGCGUUGCACUCUGGAUGAACUCCAUCCUUGGGUUUUCUACUAUAAUUGCUUUGUGGCCCAUUGGAAUUCUGUUUCGUGAAGCCAGAACACAGCUGGCUGAGCAGAACAUUGGGACAAAGUUUGCAGUUUUCCAGAUUCUCCUCAUCUUGACUACAAUGCAGAGCUCAAUCUUCAACAUGCUGGCUAGUUUUGGACAGCUGCCUUGUGUGCCACCAUAUAUGUAUAAAGCCAGAUCUCAGAUGAUGAACAACCAGUUGCUGAUUGUGGAGGCAUUCAUUCUUUCAGUCCUGGUGAGGGGGGCCUACAGAAGAAGAGACAACGAACCAGGGUUCGCCCUUAAGCCAGUGGCUGUGUGAUGAGGAGGACCUCCAAUUAGUAAUCACAGUACAUUGACUCCUUCUACUUUGUUUCCCCACAUAUUGUGUGUCUAAAAUACAUUUAGAUUUGGUAUAAUGCAUUCAAACUCCUUAAUGAAAAUGCAUGGGCAAAAUAAUAUGUUGCGAUGACUCUUCACGAAUACGGAAUUCUUGUCAAGACAUGUUACAUCUGCAGCUGCGGAAUGGGUGUAAUUAAGUCUGUAAGUACUUAGAAACCGUAUUCAUGCCUCCAAGACUAUAGACAGAACACUUUUAUUUAGUCAUAUAUUUUGGCUGAGGCUGACCUAUUUUUUUUACUGUUUAGAUUUAGAACAUGCCAAAAUCUUAUACAAACAUUUCCGGUUUUUCUUUUCUGUAUUGAUCAUGUCAAUAUUCGAUUGAGACUAUUUUGCUGCAUCUUUUGAGUCAAUGUUAAUUAUAUAUCGGAAAGAUUGACAAGACCAUAGUGAAAUCCAACUGCUGAUAUCCUUUGGCAUAAGAAGAUAUGUCUUUAAAUUAUUAUAACCAUGUGCAAACUGGGAGAAUUACAGAGGGUACCGGCUAGAAAGUUACAAUUUGCUAGCCCGUCUGUCCAGCUGGUGAACGUGAUGCUCUUGAUGUAUGCAUCAGACCAUGCCAAUAUAGACUGACUAACGAAAAAUUAUGAAUCUCUGUCAGCCAUCAAUACGGCUUCAAAGGAAGAUACUAGGCUCACAAUGUAACCAAUGUAGCCAUUGAAGUGCAUUAAAUCUAAAAUGUUCUCAUUGGUGAUAAGUAGUAUUAAAAAAGAAAGAAUAAGAAAAAAAAAAUAGGUUAUAUUUCAAAAUACACCCCUGCCAGAUCACCAUUUGAAUCUAUUGAAUCUAUCCAUUUGAAACCCAGAAUAAAAGACACAGGCUCUAAAUGACACGUUAUAUAGUAGGAGAACCUCAAAUAACAGGACAGUCCACUCCAGUGUUUGUAAUAUGUCUUUCUCGAGCCAUGUGCUUCACUACCCUACACAGAAAGUAUUUUUUUUGCAGGAGUUUUUACAUUUUUCUACGAUAAACACAAGGUUCCUACUCAUUAGUGCAGCUGUGUGUACUUUGCAAAAUGUUCAAAAAAGGUAUAUGUAUGUGCAAGAGUUACUACCAACUGAUUUGAUAGAUUUCUUAUCCUGUUUUCACUUCUUUGCUUUUCAACUGCAUUUUACAGUUUUUCUUCCCGAAUGUUCCACUUAAAGCGUCUGUCACCAAAAAUAAACUUUAUCAAAUAUGUUUCUA